AUGUCCAGCGUUCAGCAGGACAAGUCCGCUCAGGAUGAGCGCAAGCUCGAGGGAGGUGGUGUCGCUACACCCGCACCCAGCACCGGUGUACACCCUGCGCUAUUCAUCGCCCUCUGGAUCGCCAUGAGCUCAAGUGUCAUUCUCUUCAACAAGUGGGUUCUUGCAUCAGCAAAAUUCGAUUUCCCAAUUUUCUUGACGACAUGGCACAUGGCCUUUGCGACAGCAAUGACCCAGAUUUUGGCACGAACCACGACCGUGCUAGAUUCGCGAAAGAAGGUUCCCAUGGACACUCAAACCUACAUGAAAGCCAUUGUCCCCAUUGGCAUCAUGUUCAGCUUGAGUUUGAUUCUCGGUAACGUCGCCUAUCUGUACCUGAGUGUUUCCUUCAUUCAGAUGCUCAAGGCCACCAACGUAGUCGCUACACUGCUUGCCACCUGGAUUUUCGGCAUGGCAGCUCCCAACUCCAAGGCUUUCUUGAAUGUGUCCAUCAUUGUCGUUGGAGUCAUCAUCGCUUCUUUUGGAGAGAUCAAGUUUGACAUGUUCGGCUUUUUGGUCCAGGUUUUCGGUGUCGUCGCCGAGGCUGUGAGACUCGUCAUGGUGCAGCGUCUUCUCAGCGGUGCUGACUUCAAGAUGGACCCCCUUGUCUCCGUCUACUACUAUGCGCCUGCUUGCGCCGUCAUCAACGGUAUCAUUACAAUCUUCUGGGAAGGAGGUCGCUUGACCAUGGCCGAUAUCUACGGACUCGGAAUUUUCACUCUCAUUGCAAACGCCUUUGUCGCAUUCUGCCUCAACGUUUCCGUUGUGCUUUUGAUUGGCAAGACUUCCGCUGUUGUUUUGACCAUGGCUGGUGUUCUGAAGGACAUUCUUUUGGUUGUGGCUUCUAUGGUCAUCUUCGGCGACCCUGUCAGUGGACAGCAGUACUUUGGUUACGGUAUCGCUCUUGCUGGCUUGACUUACUACAAGCUGGGAGCUGAGAAGAUGCAAGCCAUGGUCACCGAUGCCAAGCUGUACGUCAACGAGACCCGCCGAAACAAGCCCGGCCUGACCAAGGUCGUCGCGCUUUGCGCUGUUCUCGCAGUUGUGACCAUUCUAGGUCUUGGCUACUGGGGACACACUCCUGGAGUGGCUCUGCCCGUUCCCUCGGAGUAA